CAGUGUCCCAAUGUUGAGAUCCGAUAGACUUAACGCUCGAGGAUAGAGGAUUGAAAGACUAGUGGGCAUAUCAACCCUCAGCUCACAAUCUGGUCACCACGUCAAUCACUUGUCGCACUGCUACGGUAUGAUGAUUUGGGUUACACGCAAGGUAGAAACUCCAACUGCUCGUCUGACAGAUUCCUUCAUUUUCAGCUUCAGCUCCGCUCCAAGACAACAAACUUGCAUUAAUAUACCCUUCCUCUAUCCUUGCUGUGUCAUUGCCUCUCUUACGCUAACAGAACGGCCAACGUCGUGCGAAAUCUCUCUUCAAGGUCUUGUGCUGCAUCUACAUCCCGAGUUCAAACAACCACCUCAAGCUCCGUUGCCAGCAGAAUCAUCAACCUCCAUUAGCGACCUCUUGACUUUGAGGUCUACUUCUGCCUCUAGCUGCAUCAUCCUGGCUUGGAGCUCUGCUCGGAAUACCACUCGCACCACAUUGUACCUCUACCCUGCUGGGAUGAUUGCUACCCUGUCUCUCACUAGCAGCUCUGCUUGUACGUCUGCUUGCGUGUCUGCUUCCCGCUGCCUGACUAGGUCGUCUGCUCCCCGUAGCUUGACUAGGAUGCUGACUUACACCCCCACCAGCUCCUUCACCGGCUGCUCCAUCACCGCCAGUCAGGCCGUUACCACCCUCAAGAUCAGCCAAACUAGCUUCAGCCUGCUCAACCUGUUUCUUCUGAACAAUCUUCUCACACCAAAUCUUGAUCUCCCAAUCGAAGACUUUGACCCAGAUGUACCAGAAUGCGAUUACUCCGCCGAUUGUGAGGAACAUGGCGAGGAAGACUGUGACGUUUGCUUUCAUUGUUGCGGAUGAGCCUUGGAACUUCGAUGACUUGAUUUUCAGUGGUGUUUGGUUUUUGGCUCGGUUUGCGCUUUUUCGAUGGUGGAUUUUGUUGUUUGGAUGUUGAUUGGUUGAAAGGAGCGAGAGUUGUGGAUGACGAUGUUUGUGGAUGUUUGUGGUUUCUCUUUCGAGGCUGAUCUGACGGUGAUCUUGUCUGUGGAUCUCUUGCUGCUGUCGGUCUCGAUGGUUUGUGGUUUUGUCCGUCGUUGUUGGUCCGCGGCUUCAAUGCGGUAUGCGCAAAGUGUGAGAUCGUGUCGAUAUUAUAUGUCCUCUUGGAGAGACAAAACGAAUGUGGAUGAGAGCGUGACGAAGUGAACAAUGAUCAUGCCAUGAUGAAGACACUUGCGCGCACAAAAACGAAAAUCGGUGGAAGAAAAUGCUGAAGA